AGCAUCCUCCGUUUGGUUUCCUCUCUGUUACAAUGCUCGCAAAACCUCGCCACUGCCGAAGCAAACCAGGGCAGAGGGCAAGAUUGCUCAAGGCCUCGUUUAGUCCAAAACAGGAUUUGCACUUUCCAAAAAUCCGCUAAAUCUCUGAAGAAGAUGUGCCCAUGUUAGCACAAUGACAUAUGACAACACAAGUUUGUGAUUAGAAUCAUAAAGUGUCAACCUUUGUCCAGUUGUACUCCUCAAAUAUCAGAUUGGAACAAUUGUGUCUGAUUACAAUUAAUGUAUAUUCAAAAGUAAUCAGUCCAACAAAACCUGCCUGCUAGGACAUUUUAUAUACAAAAUAGUUUCAUCACUUGCUGGCUGCUUUUCUCUCUCAUCAGGCCUUCCUGAGGAGAUAUUAACGAUUGGAUGGGAAAGAUUCAAUGGCUGCAUGAACCAAUGACAGGGGGACUGCAGCAUCUGCUUCAGUUUUGAGUGGUCUCCUGUUCUGCGCUGAUGGAAUAAGCAUUAUGAGCCAGCCAGUAAUUGCAUGUGGAGCAGUGAGUGGAAAAGCGCACCCUGUAGAGCGUCACUGGAGCGCAUCUAAUGACGGCCUGCACCGGCCUCCCACCCACCUGUGUGGAAAUAGCUGCCUGACAUGCAGUGAUUAAACCAGGAGGGAUGAGAAGGCGCCUAAUCAGCUCGGAGGAGAGUUGAGGGUCUCAGCAUCAGCAUCAGCAGCAGUCAGGCAGGGUCCAAUCACAAGCAGCUGCAGCGGCAGCAUCUCGCCGAGGAUCACGCCUGCUAUUCUAUUCUACAAAAGUUGCAUCGUGAACCCUGCUGUGGGUUUCUUCUGAAUCGGAAUGUUCCAGCUGACGCGUGAGAACAUCUCAGAACAUCUCGUCUAGUGGUGCUGCUGACCCACCCUCCCCCUAGUAAGCCACACACCCCAACGUUUCCCCCCCCUCCUCUUCCCUUUUUGUCGUGCGUGUGCGUGGAUUUAUCAAGAGCGACGACGAUGGAGACCUGCGACACUUGUUCGUUCUAACUAAACAACACAAGGAAGAAAAAGAAAAAAACAGCUGGUCCAGAUCCAGAAUCCGGGAUUCCAGGAUCCGGAUCAAGUGCAGGUCUAAUAAAGAACAGGCUGCCUGUCUGAGUGAGAGACGCGGAGGUUGAGUGCGCAGACUCCGGCGACAAACCUCGCACAGAGACGCACAGCGGACUCCCUUGGAGAGAGAGAGGUCCCUUGGUCUUUUUUGGCCCCGAGCCCCCUUUACCAAACCCACCCCCUCAAAAGCUUGCAGGAACCCACCCUCCCCGCCGCCUCGCCCAUCCAUAUGUGCCUCCAUUCUCUGCCGCGCAUUUUCCCAAAUUACAUGUAAUUAUAUUUUUCUCCAGUCACAGACGAAUCUGCCACCGUCUCAUUAUUUGCCGGCACCUCCAACACAAUAACUUUCAGGAAUUUACAUAUUUCUCUACAAAAGUGAUAUUCUUUGAACCCACUUCCCAGUGACAAAUCAGGGAUAAUUUUUCUUCCCUUUUGAUAUUUUUUUUUUGGACAGGAGCCGUCAUUCAUCACGCGCUUAAUUAGUCACCCCAGUUUAAAUGGGAUUGGCAAUUUGGAGCUCGGAAGAACGGCACAAGUCGUCGCUCGCAAUGUCUCUCGCAGGCGGGGAGCCAUUUCCUCGGUUUGUGCUUACUCCUAAUUUUCAGCGCUAGCGGCCUCCUCCUCCUUCUCCUCACACUUAAAAGCUCCCUCAUUAUCACCCCCCAUCACAGUCACAGCUUGUGCCAGGCCAGCGCCGAUACUUGCCAAUCCGAUCCCGGAAUAAAAAGCAAGAGAUAAAAAGUACAGCUGUAGAAAUGCCCGAGGAAGAUUUAGUACGACGGGGGGAGUCUCCCGCGGGCUCCCCUUAAGUCACCGAGUGAGUGACAGUCGGUUUACAAUGUGCCGAUGAGCUAUCUAACGAGUGCCUACUUUUGAAUGUGCCAUACCGUAUUUACGGAACAAAGCAGAUGAUAACGUUUACAUUUACAUACAAUCGAUACUGCUCAAGUGCCGCCAUCAGUACAGGAAUGUAAAGGAUUGCCUCAUAUCCGUAAAGCAUUGCGACAAAAUUCAUGAGCAGCUAUCUGAAAUCGAAGCUACCAGUUAAGAGUGUUUUUUUUUUUUUCUCCCUCGGCCAAUUUUGAUCUCGCCAGCUUUUCUGAAUGAAGCUGCUGUUGUUGCAUUGUGAAUAUUCACAGCUACGCUUUUGGAAUCAGCUGGUGAACUAAAACCUGCACAACAAAAGCGCUGUUCCAAUCGUCAUGUAAAAAUGACGCCCACAGCCAAUCUCCGCAUUCUGGCGCUGCUCUUCCUUCUCACGCACGCCACCGGGGAGGAUGUCAUCCCGUCCUCUGCCGCGUUUUCUACCCAGCCCGGCCCCUCCAUCCCGCAGUCCAAUCCGAGGCCGGCCGCCCGAAGGAGUCGGCCCAGAGUCCCUGAGAAAGUUCCCGAAAGCCCCCCAGAGGGAGUCCUGGAGGCGCCCCCUAAACCCAUGGCCCAAAUGAUGUUCCCCAAAAAUGUGACAUCAUCCGAGGCACUGGCCCCUCCCCUUGGCGCCGCCCAGGUGGCCCCGCGCCUCAUCGACGUGUGGAUGGACGUAUGUCAGGGUUACUAUGACGUGAUGGGACACUUUGACAACUCCUUCAACUGCACCAAGGACAUGUUCAUCUACUGCUGCGGGACGUGCCACUACCGCUUCUGCUGCCCCGAUCGAAACCAGCAACUGGAGCAGGACAGCUGCAAGAACUACGACUCGCCCGCCUGGGCCAAGACAGAGUCCAACGCCCUGGUCAUCGAAGAGGACCUGGGUCCCGACCCGGAUUUCGACCCUCUCAAGCAGCAGAGCCACAACACGGGCUUCGUGAUCGGAGGCGUGGUGGUGUUCAUGGUGGCCGUGGCUGUGGGUAUCAAGGUGGUCUUCAACAAGGUCCAGCACGAAGCCAUCCAGAGGGACCUCAAUAUGCCAAGAGCCUUGGUGGACAUGUUGCGGCACCAGUCCAGUCCGGUGCAGCAGGACGAGAGAAACAACAGCGUGGCCCUGACCAUUGGAGAUGGCCAGGGGACGUUGGGGAGAGCGCCGAAAAACCUCUACGCUCCAGGACUGCCGAGCAAGGACAACAGAUUGGGCAACCUGCAGCACAAUUUUAUCCACACGUCAGGCUCCAGCCCCAAACACACUGCGACUAUUGAACGCACCCCCCGGAUGAACAACGCUCAGCUGGCGGCGGGGGGCACCUUGCUGUCCAAUAAACACAACAACACCAAAUCCCAGCCUGCCUUCCACCACUCCCUGCACAACCUGGCUCAGCUGCCACCCUCCUACGAGAGCGCCACCAAGCCCGAACUCAACCGAUACUCUUCGCUCAAAAGGCUCGAAAAAGGUUUGGAUGAGUACUCAUCUGGUUACUGCACCACCAAGCGGCGCCCGCACACCGCCCAGCCGGCCCUUCAGUCCUCCCAGCACCACCUCCACUGGGGUGGGGACUACACGCUCAGCGCGAGAGGAACGCUGCCCAGGCAUGCGGCCCGUCCUUGGAUUCCGCCGCUGCCGUCCGGCAUGCCCGCCUCCCCCACUCCCAACCCUUACCCCUUGGACCCCCCGGAGCCCCAGUACAACCCCAACUACGACACCCUCUCCAAACCCAGGAAGGUCAAGUCCACUGACCAGCUGCUCAACAUGGGCGACGUCCCCGGCAACACGGGAACUCUGUCCCGUCUUUCCAAGAACCAGCAGCAUCAGUACUACAAAGCCAUGGCUGCCUCCGGUAAGAACUCCAACACACAGACCCUCACUCGCAAGACCCAAGACAGGCAGGAUAGGCAGGACAGGCAGGACAGGCAGGACAGGCAAGACAGGCAGGACAGGCAGGACAGGCAGGACAGGCAAGACAGGCAAGACAGGCAAGACAGACACGAGAGACAGGAGAGACAGGACCGGCUGCUCAUGUCCCCAGACCAUUUGGAGGAGAGAAUGGGCGGGAUGGGGGUCAUGGAUCCGUACGCUCACCCAGGAGGGGGUGUCCCCACCCUGCCCCGCCAGCAGAAGGCCCAGUCCCAGCAGAACGUGUGCGCCACCCCCUCCCUGGACCGACACCACAUGAUCAAGAUGAACUCUCACCCGACGUCCGGCAGAGAGCAGGAGAGGAACCCGGGCAUGACCGGCCACAUCAGCGGGGGCAUGGGCUGGGCGGGGGAGGCGCCUGGGGCGGGCGUUGUCAUGGGAACGGGAACGCUAGGGGGCCACAACGCCCGCAGGAUGGCUUUCGCGAGCAAACGACAGAACACCAUUGAGCAGCUGCAUUUCAUCCCGGGUGGCGGAGGCCCCGGCCCUGGCAGCGGGUCCGGGGGGAGCGGGGGCGGCGGGGGCGGCGGCAGUCAGGGGAUCAGGACAGGGAGCAAAAAUGAGGUGACAGUCUGAGGGGGCAUUGUGCCUAACGUAGCGCGCGCUCAACCCUCGCCGCGGGACCAGAGCGCCCGUCUGCAUUUAACCUAGAGAUUCACAGCUGCCAGAAAUAGAGAAUAUUAUAAUAGAGUAUAACAUACGCUACUCCCAAAAAGUUCGGAAUUUGGGGUGACUGUUGAGGAAAGGUUUUUCUUUGCACCCACAUGCCAUGAGAAAAACUACAAAAGACAAAUAUUGUGUUUGCUUAGGAGUCUUUGAGCAAAAACAUCUUAACGAUGCUUGUUCACCCCCCCCAAAAAAAAGAUACAAUUUCCAGUGAUAUUAAGUUACCCUGUUAAGGCUAACAGCUCAUUUUAUGUUCAUCCUGAAAUCCCACCCGAAAAACACAAAUAUCCCUCCCUUUUUGAGAGUAGCGUAUUUAGGCUAUCCUAAUUAGUGUUAUAGUCAAACAGCUUGAAUACGACCACUUCUUAAGACGUUAGGCGCGCUCCAGUUGUGUGAUAGCAUACAUCAGCCAUAUUUUCUAAGUGAAUUUGCCAUCUUUGCCAUAUACACAGCAGUGCCAUUACUUGCACAGAGUGGUAGGAUGGAAGAACACAGGACAUGUACAGUAGACCGUUUUAAAAAGCACUCAGGAGCUAUAUUAGUUUUACACGUAUAUAAAUAUAUACAUAACAUUAUACAUGAUAUAUAUAUACACACACACACAUACACACAAAUCAAAGGACUGAUAAAGAGAAGAAGACCAUGUGGGAUAGAGAAUUUUAUUAAAGAACGGAGCCGACUACCUGCUUGGCCAGCUCUCGCCUACAAUGAUUUAUUACCAAGACGGUUCUCGUGGGUGAGCAUCAAGACAUAGUUCUGACCUCGCAGUCACAAGGAGAAACUGACUUGCGUUGGGUCCCGUCAGCAAGAGUGACAUUUUUCUGCCUUUCUGGCACAACGGAGCAUCUGGGGACGCCAAAGGCAUUCAAACUGUGGACCGACACGGACACGGACCAGUCUGAUGCCCAGCUGGCUUAGUUUGCCGUGUGACCUUAGCUUCGAGGAGGAAGUCUCACCGGAUGUCGCUUUGCGCUGCCACAAGUGUCAAAGACGAUAUCAGAAGAUGACAGCGUCCCGUUGUUUAAAAUCAGGACCUGACUGCAAAAACAAAUGGGCUACCAAAUAAUCAAGAGCCAUGAUUACAGUGGGUAUUAAAAGUCUACACACCCCUGUUCAAAUGCUUGUUUUUUUGUAAUACAUAAAAAUGAGAGCAAGAUAAAUCAUUUCAAAUAUCUUCCACCAUCAAUAUGAUGUGAUGAUCAAAAUAAAAAUAAACAACUGAGAUAAUGUGGUUGCAAAAGUCUGCACACCCUCAGAAUUGAGGAUUUAGCUGUGGUCAGAAUUGAACAAUCACAUUAAAGCUCAUAAUAAAUAAGAGUCAACACUAACCCGGCAAUUUUUAAAGUGCCUCCGUUUAACUCCAAACUAAGUUCCGAUAUUCCGGUGGGCUUUUUCUUAAUUCUUUCCUUUUAAAAAAAAGAUUCAUCUUGCCCUCAUUUGUUUUUAAAUCACAAAAUGUUGCAUUUGAACAGGGGUGUGUAGACUUUUUAUAGACACGGUACAUAAGAAUUGUCAACUUGCUUUAAUGUAACCGAAGAUGUUUUUCCUUUGUUUUUGUAUCGAUUUAAACAGAGCACAAAUGAAUAGACAGUCAUGUCGCAGAGGUUGCACGUACCCAACAUGUCCUUCAAAGCCAUUUCAUGGGGAUUCAAAGAAAACUACCACAGAGGAAGCUGGUCAGACAAUCACCACUGUAAUGCGUUUCGCCAGUUCCAAACAUGCGAGCGAUAUUCUGUACAGGCGAGGAGACUUUGGGAUGGCCAGGAAACCCUUUCCAAACAUCCUCCCGCGCAAAGACCUCGCUGUGUCAUAACACGCUGCAGCCAGUAGGGGGGUUAAAACCCAUUGAAGACAACCCCAAUAAACAUCAAUAACAACGCUUAUCAAUACUAAGGGCUACCCUCUCCUUACACUCUGUAGUAUGUGAUAUCUGUGGUCCAUAUGAGAUGCUCUUGAUUUUGUGUUGAUAUUGUCAUUGCGUAAUGAGUAUAUUCUUGUAGAAAAAAGAUAGACGAGUAAUCGGAGCACAGUUUGAAAGAGUCACAACACAAGAGACUGAAAUUUGCACAAAUAGACUAGCCGGCCCCUCAGAUUUUGCGGGAGUUUUUUUUCUUUUCUGCAGUUUUUAACGACAAAGGGAAUUCAACCGCCGGCUUUUCUCUACGAAAGGACACAGAUUUCAUUUGAACAAUCUUCCUAUACGCAUUGCUAAAUGUAGUUGUUCUCAAUAUGAUGGAGUGUUCUUAUUGAUGAUUAUUAUAAUUGUUAUGGUUAUUAUCAACGAUUAUCUUAUAGUGUGAUGUUCAUUUACUUGGUGGGGUUUUAGUGUUUAUUGUUUUUGGAUAACUUUUAGCAUUCUCAUUAGGUUCUAUUGCGUUUCAUACAUGUGGUUCCUUGAUGCAUGCCUGAUUCCAUUCUUCGAAGAAGCAUUUCUAGUAUGUCUGGACUCUAAGGUCAUUUUCUUGUUUCUAACUGUACGUACUGUGCCUAGACAUCGGCCUUAUGGCGUCUUGAGCUCAUAUGACUGCUUGGGUUGACACCGAAGUUCUAAAAAGAUUGUUGUAAAGAAAGUUGGGAUAGGACGGGAUGCCACCAGACAAGCAAAGAUCCCUUGUUUGAUUCUCGUUAUUUAAAACCUGUGAUUCCAUUCCAUUAUGUUUUUUUGAAAUGUUUUUCUCAGAGAAGGUCUGGUGGAAAAAUAUCAGUGAAUAUUUCAGGGAAAUGGACCCUCUACGUCACUCCCACUCUGUAUUCGCUAAUGUAAUAAGAUGCAACUAUAAAUGGAUUAAAUUGACCAGUUAACAAAUUAACAACAACUUUUAAAUUUUAAUAAGUGCUGAAAUUUGUCCCGAUUGUCGGCGCACAAGGGCUUGCUAACCACGUAAUGGCUACCAAUUAAUGGCGGGCUGUGAAUUUGGCACAGAGUCCUACCCAAAGUAAAAACUCCACAAAACACAAUACCAGGCUUGUGGUUAGCAUGAUGGCCUGCUAUGAACAAUUUCGCCUCUGUUAGCAUCUUAGCAUCUCUAGCGUCUUUUCCUUCUCUUCUUCAUUUCGUCAUUGUUCAUGUCACAUUUUUAAUGUUCUUUUUGUUUUUAAUUUGUUUAGCUUUGAUUAAAUUAGCAAAUACCAGCGACGUAACUAAAGGUAAGACAAAGCUUUGUGUACCGACAUGUAAAGGGUCUAUUAUAGAGAGAUAGGUUUUUUUUUUUCCUUCCGAUUUUAAAUUUAAAUAGAGCCACAAAAGAUUUGUAGCAAAGUCUGUAUACUCUCACAAGCCAUAUCCAUCCAAACUCAUGUUCUCACACUUUUCUAAAUGGUUAACCUAAUUUGUGCAAGUAACGUAUUUUGUAUAGCUAGUACAAUCAGAAAACAAUUUUGAGUGAUAUCUUCAUUAAUUUGAGAAUUAAAACGCAAAUUCUGUGUUAGUAUUUAAUGAAUUGUGUAGUGCCAAACUCAUAACGUUUGCUGUCUUGCUUCUUGUCAUGGCCUUCUACGCGGCUACAACAGUACACGAUGGUAUAACCUUUUCACCGCUGAUAGCUAAGUAACAAUACACAGGAAUGUAAGGGACUUCUUUUUUUUUGGGAGAGCGAGAAAUGAACGAACAUGGUGUGAGUUUUGAACCAUUAUGAAUUCAUUUCGACUGAGGAAGCAUAAUGGCCACUUGAAAUGUCAAAAUAAAAGCAUUGCCAAAAGUAAAUGACAAUUGUAAGGAGAAUAAUGGUGUCCAGUAGCCUAAAAAUGAAUUUAUUUUCAUGAUUCAAACUUUCAAACAACCUUUUUUUCCCCUCCCCUUUUUUGUUAUUCUUCAAUGCAUUGAUCCCGUUGGAUACGACGAUGACUUACGGGGAAUUUGUAUAAUAAAGUUGAUGGGAAACAUUUA